AUGUGGUGCCCCGUCCCCCCCAAACCCAGCACCUUCAGCCAGUGCGUGCGCUACCUGGCCUUCCUCUGGAACCUCCUCUUCCUCCUGCUGGGUCUGCUAGCCCUGGCCGUGGGGGUGUGGGGGCUGCUAGCCAAGGGCUCGCUGCGGGAGGACGGCUUGGCCCCCCUGGGCUCUGACCCCAUGCUGCUCUUCGUGCUGGUGGGGCUGGGGGCUACCGUCACCUCCCUGGCUGGUUGCCUGGGUGCCCUCCGCUCCAGCCCCUGCCUCCUGCGCUUCUUCGUGGGGGCUGUAAUGGCCUUUGCUGGGCUGGAGGUGCUGGGGGGGCUGCUGCUGCUGGUGGCACGGGGCCGGCUGCGGGAUGCCCUGCGGGAUGCCCUGCUCCUCUGCCUCCUGCGCUACCAGGACGAGCCCGACCUGCGGUUCCUGGUGGACGAGGUGCAACGAAGCCUGGGAUGCUGCGGCCUCGGCUCCUAUCGCGACUGGGAGGCCAACCCGUAUUUCAACUGCAGCGCCCCGGGAGUGCAGGCGUGCGGCGUCCCUGCCUCCUGCUGCCUGGACCCGGGGCAGAAUGGCACUGUCACCAACGUCCAGUGUGCCUUUGGGGUCCUACGCCUGGGGGACGUGGCAGCCAGCGCCGUCGUGCACCUGGGGGGCUGCCUGGCACAGCUGAGUGCCUGGCUGCGGGGCCAGGCGGGGGGUAUCGCGGCCGGCGCCGCCGUGCUGGUGCUGCUGGAGGCCACCGGUGUGCUCAUGGCACUGAAGGUGCUCAGGGACAUCAGGGGCUGA